GACAGCCACUCACAACACAUUGAGCCCGCGAAUGGUGCCUGAUCAUAGCUCCGAAUAACCAGCCAAUCAGAGGGCCGGGUUAAAGUCACGUGGCUGUUGUCAGAGAGAGUUUGGGUCUAAAUUCUUUUGCAUGACACCACCUCCAUAGUAACCCAACCCAAGCUGAGCGACGGCGCUGGGCCACCUGUGGCCGCACGGAUUAUUUCUCAAAAGUCUUCAUCUCUUUUCUGUUUCCAACUCCAAAGUCCGUUAAAAUGUUCAAUAGUAACCACAGGGAGGUUGAAGAGGAUCCAUUUUUUUCGGAUCCAUUUCGAGCUCACAGGGAACACAUGCGGCAGAUGAUGCGUAGCUUCUCUGAGCCAUUUGGCGGGUCUUCAGUGCCCAGCCUUAUGGAUGGGAGAAACUGUGGCCGUGACAUGAUAGAACAUCCCAGCUCAUCCCAGCCACUCAGGGACGAUCACAGGGACAUGAUGAUGAGCCCGUUCGGUAGGUUCGACAGCGUGAUGUCCAACAUGAGAAACAGGAUGGAAGAGAUGCACAGAAACUUUGAGAACAUGUCCACAGAUUCAAACAGCCACUCAUUCAGCUCCUCGUCAGUCAUGACAUUUUCAAAGGUUGGGAAUGAGCCUCCCAAGGUCUUCCAGGCGAGCUCAUCAACACGCCGUGCCCCUGGAGGGAUUAAGGAGACGAGGCAAGCACUGAAAGACUCUGAAAGUGGUGUGGAGAAGAUGUCGAUUGGUCAUCACAUCCAGGACAGGGGACAUGUUGUGGAGAAGAAAUACAACAAGAAGACGGGAGAGAAGGAGUUCAACCAAGACUUUCAGAACUUGGAUGAAUCUGAAGCACAAACGUUUGACUCAGAGUGGCAGCAGGAAUUAUCCAAGUUCCAGCCAUCUGGUCCCAUGUCCCGUCAGGCAGAACCUCGACUCAGUGGAGUUCACAGGGCAGCUCUCACCGGUCCUGAGCAGGCCGACAGAGAUAGAUCAAAAGGAGAGGCUGAGGGUAAAAGAUGUGUGAAAUUCUCAGACUCUUCAAAGCAGUGAAACCACCUGUAUGUGUGUGCUCAUUAAAGUCUUUCAGCCAUCAUAAAGUAAACUCUUGUGCUCUGUACCUACACAGACGCCCAUGACCCACCCCGCUUUCUUCAAAAAGAGAUCAGAAUCAGAAGGCCCCAAAACGUAGACCUUAGAGAUUUGAACAUGUUUAACAUACUGCAAAAAAAUGAAAGGAACAAUAAUCUUGGAUUAAAAUAAACUGCAGUAUGCUUUGAAGAAUGAGUGACAGGACUAUGUGAUCUAUAUAAAUUCUAGUGUUUUGUCUCCUCAUUCAUUGGUAUACCGGUGGAUGUUUUUGUGUUUAAACUGAUAAAAGUAAUUUCUUACAAGAGUGUGUAAUAAAGGCUAAUAGGCACUACUUUUCAUUACACAUGACAUUAUGAGUCAAGAGCGAUUAGAUUCUCAUCUUAUUUUCAUAAUACAACAAUACAAAAUGUAGUGAAAUCCACUGAUGCACUCAAUGUAUAGAUCGUCUUUUCAUUGUAUUGUCUAGUACCUGAUGCUCUCCGUAUGAACUGUAUAUUGUUCUUGCUGUAAUCUUUGUAAAAAGAAACAUAUUAUUCUUCCUUUUAUAUGUUCCUGUGGUUUAUCAUUUACUGAACUCUGUGCUGCACGUUGUUCUCCUGGCAAUGACUGGAUUAUUCUCAUUCAUUCUCGCCAUGUUCUUGUACAUUUUUUUUCAAGCUUUAAAAGUCAUAUGUACCAACACAGACUAUUGUAUGAAAAUAAAAAUGUGAAAAUAUG